AUGGAUCCAUUCGAUGAGAUUUGUGCCGAACUUUUCAAUCAGUCGUCUGACGAUCUCGCCGCGAUGUAUCAAUUAUACGAUAGUGUCAGUGAACCAUCAGCGCCUGGACCAAUUCGUCGCAGCAGGAAGAAAAAGACAUGCUUCUCAGCCGCGCAACUGUUGGCACUUGAGCAAGCCUUCGACGAGAACAACAAGCCAAGUCGUGCAAGUAGGUGCGCAAUCGCGUGCAAUCACGACUUGCCUGAGGACACUGUGAAGACGUGGUUCCAGAACCGUCGAUCCCGACAAACGCGAGCCUUGAAAGUGUCCAAAACCAGGGCGAAUGCGAUCAAUAACUCUCCAUCAUCACCAUUUGCGUCGCCGGCAUCUUUUUCGAAUCAAAGCUCCUGUCAAGUGGAGCCCCAGAAUGACCUGCAGGAACUAUCAGCGAUGCCCGCGAUUGGACAAUAUCAGGUUCAGCCAGAUUGCACACUGGGGUUCUACGACGGGUAUACCUAUCAGAUUCAGCAGGGCUACACAGCUCCAGAACAGCAGUAUUGGCCGCAGCAGUAUUGGCAGCAGCAGUAUUGGCAGCAGCAGUAUUGGCAGCAGCAGUUUUGGCCGCAGCAGUAUCACUGGCAGCCCGAAAUCCAUCCCGAAACUGGCCAGACAUUCCUGGGCAACGCAAGACAGCAGUAGACCACUCCGAUGCCGGAUGAUCACCAGACGUACUUCCCCAACACUUCAUUUGACGAAAACGUACAGUUUUAAGGACACCAACGAUUAAA